GUGAUGUGGCCGAAGGAACAAGCCAAAGAUAAACACGUCGCCGUUGCAAACCGGGGCAUAAAAGCGUAAAUUUCACAGGAGACGCGAAAUCUGUAAAAUGAAGCGAAGGAGAGGGAUUUGAAGAGAGUUUGCAAGCUCUUCCAUGUUUUAAUGCAACGUAAAAAGAGGAAUUCUGUGUAAUAUUGUGACGGUGCAAGUUUUGGUGACGUUUCAGUGCAGAUUUUGGUGGCGUUUUGGUGCAGAUUUGGCUGAUUUCCAGUGAUUUUGGAGCAGACACUGUUGAUUUUGGUACAGUUUCAUUAUUUUGGACCGGUCCCAGUUAGUCGUCUGCAAGAUGGUGCGAGCGGCGCUGGUCACUGCCUCCAGUCUGGCCCUGACCGCGGCUGUGGUGGCUCAUGCGUACCUCCUCAAACAGCAGUUCUACCCUACUGUGGUGUACCUUACCAAGAGCAGCCCCAGCAUGGCCGUGCUGUACAUCCAAGCCUUUGUCUUGGUCUUUCUUUUGGGGAAGUUCAUGAGGAAAGUUUUCUUCGGGCAGCUCCGAGCGGCUGAAAUGGAGCACCUGAUUGAGCGGUCAUGGUACGCAGUCACAGAGACGUGUUUGGCCUUCACAGUUUUCAGAGAUGAUUUCUCUCCUCGGUUUGUGGCUCUCUUCACUCUGCUCCUGUUCCUGAAGUGCUUCCAUUGGCUUGCUGAGGACCGCGUUGACUUUAUGGAGCGGAGUCCCAACAUCUCCUGGCUCUUUCACAUGAGGGUUUUAUCUCUAAUGGCUCUGCUAGCCGUUCUGGACUUCCUGUUUGUGAAUCACGCCUGUCACAGCAUCAUCACCAGAGGAGCUUCAGUUCAGCUCGUCUUUGGAUUCGAGUACGCGAUUCUCUUGACUAUGGUUCUGACGACGUUCAUCAAAUACGUGUUGCACUCAGUUGACCUCCAGAGUGAAAACCCCUGGGACAAUAAGGCUGUUUAUAUGUUAUACACAGAACUGUUCACAGGGUUUAUAAAGGUUCUCCUGUACAUCGCAUUUAUGACGAUCAUGAUCAAAGUUCACACGUUCCCUCUGUUCGCCAUCAGACCUAUGUAUCUGUCUAUGAGACAGUUUAAAAAAGCGGUGACAGACGCCAUCAUGUCCCGAAGAGCCAUUCGUAACAUGAAUACACUGUAUCCAGAUGCCACUCCUGAAGACCUCCAGACCUCUGACAACGUUUGUAUCAUCUGCAGAGAAGAAAUGGUGACAGGAGCCAAGAAACUGCCCUGUAACCACAUAUUCCACUCCAGCUGCCUGCGCUCUUGGUUCCAGAGGCAGCAAACUUGUCCCACCUGUCGGAUGGAUGUGCUCCGUGCGUCGAACCCUCAACCUGCUCCUGCCGCUGCUCCCGCUGCACCUGCCAACGCCCCUGCACCUGUCAAUGCUCCUGCUCCUGCCAACAACAAUGUGGGUCCUGGAAUGAUGCCCGCGUUCCCGCCUGGAGUGUUCCCGUUCUGGGGUCCUUUUCCUCCGGUGCCCCCUCCUGCUCCUGCUGCAGUGCCCCCUGGUGCUGAUGCUGCUCCAGGCACCUCUGAGGGCUCACAGGGCGCAGCCUCCAGCACUGCUCCCUUUUCAGACUCUGCCCCUGCUCCUGGUGCUCCUCCUCCAGGCUCCUCUCUCCCUGGGUUCCCCUUCUCUUUCCCUCCUCCUCCUUUCCCCUCCGCACCCUGGCUGCCCGUACCCCCUCCGCCUCCGUUUGUCUCCUCCAUGCCCCCUGCCCCUCCCUCUCUCUCCUCUCUCUCAGAUCAGGAGCUACAGGACUUGGAGGCCGAAGGAAGGAGGGGCCUCGAGGCCCGGCUUCAGUGUCUGCAGAACAUCCACACUCUAUUGGAUGCUGCCAUGUUGAACAUUCACCACUACCUCAGCACGGUGGCCACGCUCACUCCUCCUCGAACAGAUGUAGCUAAUGCUACCGGAGCUAGCUCUACUGGAGCUAACACGACAGAAAGUGACACAUCUAGAACAACUGCAGGUUCAGAGGCUGGACCAGCAGAGGGUGCUAUAGCCGCGGACUCUGUAGGUGGUGCCACUGCCCUCUCUCAGCCCGCAGACUCCACCUCAGCCUCAGAGAGUGAGAGCAGAGACAGAUCCGACGAUGUCGAUCAGGGAGAGGAUGGAGAGCCCAACGCUGCCGAGCUCAGACGAAGAAGAUUGAGGAAACUAGAGACGCCAGCUUCCCCUGCUCCCCCUUCUGAGGGCUGAGCACUGAUCACAUGAUUCUUCCCCGAUCACAUGACCCCUUGAGGUCGGAUUACAUGACCGCAUCACAUGACUCUUAUGUCACUUGAGGAGACUCUGAUGGACAGAAAAACCUAGAGUGUGAUUUUGGUUUGUCAAAUGUUGUCGCCAAAACAAAAGUUAAGCUUCUGCAAAAUGAUUAAGGAUUAAAUCAGGUUUAAAGCAGAACUAAAGCAGGACUGGGCCAUCUCUUUACGGGGCUAAAGAAAGACUGCAAAAUGAUCCAGGACUAAACCAGGACUAAAGAUCCAGCACUCUAUAAAGUCUAAAUAGGGGGUCUACGUUAUGGUUAAAUUGCUCUGCUUCAUUUCUGAUUUAGUCCUGGUUUAGCACUAAUUCAGUAUGGAUUAAUGCUAAAUUAUUUACUGGAACUUCCAAAGCUUCCUGCAAUCCUGCUUUAGUCUUGGUUUAGUCCCAACCUGGACCCAAAUCAGUCCUGGUUUAGUCCUGGUUUAGUCCUGGUUUAGUCCGCUUUUAGACCUGCGUUAAGCCUGCUGUAGUUUGGGUCUAGACCUGGUUUAGUCCUGGUUUAGACCUGGUUUAGUCCUGGUUUAGACCUUGUAUAGCCAGGAGUAAACCAGGACUAAAAAAGUCACAAAGUCAUUGACGAUUUGUAUUUAUUUCUCCAUUUGGCCCCUGGACCCCAGUGCCAUGCUGAAAUAGGAUCUAAUUUCUAUGGAAUAUUUGAGACUUCGCUUGCACUUUUGUGGGGAAUUUGAGUUUUUGAAAUAAUAAAACAAUUAUUAUUUUUUUAGUUUGUUUCAGUUUCAGCUGUUGGAGAUAUUAAUUUGAUCCAUGUACAUAAUGUAAAAAGAGUUUUAAUAGCAUCUGUACAUAUGAGAAUAAACUUUGGCUGAAAACCAUGA